AUGGCGGAGCGCGCCCCGUUCAACGUCCUGGACCCUGCGGCGGCGGGCGAUGCUCAGCGCCGCGGCUCCGACCCGCGCGAGCUGGACCGAGGCAUGGAGCAGAUGCUGUCGUACAUCUACGCCAGCCUCCCCAACUACCCCCUCUACCCCGGCCAGCAGUUCCACGCCGCCGGCGCCGGUCCAGACCGCGCCGACCGCAUCAGCCGUCUCCCCCGCGACCUCCGGCGCGACAUCGUGUCCCGCCUCCCCGUCAAGGACGCCGCGCGCACCGCCGUCCUCUCGUGGCGCUGGCGGACGCUCUGGCUCUCCACGCCGCUCGUGCUGGUCGACGCCCACCUCCUCCCCAAAGGCCACGCCUUUCCCCCGACCUACUCCACCAACUCGCAGCCCAUCACCGCCGCCGUCUCCAGCAUCCUCGACGCGCACCCGGGGCCCUUCAGCUGCGUCCACCUCAUCUGCAGCCGCAUGGACUCGUACCGCCCCCAGCUCGCGCGCUGGCUCCAGCUCUUCGCCGCCAAGGGCGUCCAUGACCUCGUCCUCGUCAACCGCCCCUUGCCGCUCGACGUGCCCCUCCCCGCCACCGUCUUCACCAUCACCACCCUCACCCGCCUCUACCUCGGCCUCUGGAAGCUGCCCGGCACGGCCGCCCUGCGCGGCGCCUCCUUUCCCCACCUCCGCGAGCUCGGCCUUUUGUUCGUGCAAAUGGAGCCCGGCGACGUCGACUACCUCGUCGCCAGGAGCCCCGUCCUGGAGAUCCUCAACAUCCUCGGAUGCAUGAAGGGGUUGCGCCUCCGCCUCGUCAGCCAGAGCCUUCGGUGCGUGCAAAUCGCCGCUUCUGUCAUGGAGAACAUCGCCGUGGUAAAGGCUCCAUGCCUGGAACGCCUCAUCCUCCAUGGAUCUUACAAACGAGGCGGGGGGUUGUGUACCAGGGUCAGGAUUGGAGAUGCCCCCAAGCUGCACGCUUUUGGAUACCUCAAGCCAGCCCAGGUCCUAGAGGUCCGAGACACCAUCAUCAUGCCCGGGAUAAGGGCGACCACAACAAGCAUGCUCACAAGCGUCAAGAUUCUGAGUUUGACUGUGCGUUUCGGAGUUCGCAAUGAUGUCAAGAUGGUGCCUACCUUACUCAGAUGCUUUCCCAAGUUGGACAGGCUGCAUAUCAUGAGUAAAAGAUGUGAUAAACCCACUGGUAACCUCAGCGCCAAGUUCUGGGAGGAGUCUGGUCCCAUUGAAAAUGUCGUCUCGCGCAUCACCGUGAUGAGUCUCCGUGAGUACACAGGGGAGCCAGGCGAGGUUGGCUUCCUUGAGUUCUUCUUUCAGAGUGCACGGGUGCUGAAGACCGCAAUUAUUGUGACGGCCAAUCCAAUCCACACACCGUUUUUGAAAGAUGUGGCCUUUAACAAAGCGAGCAAGAGUUCAAGAAACAUGGCAAGUAAAUCCUGCAAAAAGUGUUUUGUUGGGAGUACCGGUCCUGAAGGAGGUGAAGUUUUAGACUUCAAAACUGGGGCAGAAUUUUCUAUCCCGGACCCUUUUUGUGUAUUCGAGGUUCUCACCCGUUUCUAGUUUCCGCGGCAGAACGAAAUGGGUCUCUUUUUGGCGCAGACUUUGUAGUAUGGCAUUUGCCGCUACAUGUGGCCUUAGGCUGGUAUGUCAAACUUGUGGCAUGAUGCUUGGUAGGAGCCGGAGAUACUAUAAGCACACUAAUUAACUGAUAUUUAUCUUGCCCUUUGAUCUGUGUUACGCUUGGUGGAAGCAUUAUGGACUGGUAGU